GCGGCGCGGCGAAGGCGGCGGGGGCCAUGGCCGAGGCGUCGCCGCAGCCCGGACGGUACUUCUGCCACUGCUGCUUGGUCGAGAUCGUCCCGCGCCUGCCGGACUACAUCUGCCCACGGUGUGAGUCGGGUUUCAUUGAAGAACUCCUGGAAGAGACCAGGAGUACGGAAAGCGGUCCUGCCCCCUCCACAGCCCCCACAGACCAGAGCAGGCAGCCGCUCGAGAACGUGGACCAGCACCUGUUCACGCUGCCACAGAGCUAUGGGCAGUUUGCUUUCGGCAUCUUUGACGACAGCUUCGAGAUCCCCACGUUCACCCCUGGGGCGCAGCCUGAUGACAGCCGGGACCCCGAGAGCCGGCGGGAGCGGGAGCAUCCGUCCCGGCACCGCUAUGGUGCCCGGCAGCCCCGCGCCCGCCUUACCGCCCGGCGCACCACCAGCCGGCACGAGGGCGUCCCGACGCUGGAAGGGAUCAUCCAGCAGCUGGUCAAUGGUAUCAUCACUCCUGCCACCAUCCCCAACCUGGGCCUGGGCCCCUGGGGCGUCCUGCACUCAAACCCCAUGGACUACGCUUGGGGGGCCAAUGGCCUGGAUGCCAUCAUUACACAGCUCCUCAAUCAGUUUGAAAACACGGGCCCCCCACCUGCAGACAAAGAGAAAAUCCAGGCCCUCCCCACCGUCCCCGUCACCGAGGAGCACGUAGGUUCCGGGCUUGAAUGCCCUGUGUGCAAGGAUGAUUACGCCCUGGGCGAGAGCGUGCGCCAGCUGCCCUGCAACCAUCUCUUCCACAAUGACUGCAUCGUGCCCUGGCUGGAGCAGCACGACAGUUGCCCUGUCUGCCGGAAGAGCCUCACAGGACAGAACACAGCUACCAACCCCCCGGGGCUGACUGGGGUGAGCUUCUCCUCCUCCUCCUCCUCCUCCUCCUCCAGCUCGCCCAGCAACGAGAACGCAGCCAGUAACUCCUGAGUCUCGCCCCGCCUGUCCCCACCCCCCAGAGCGAGCACGGGACCCUCCCCCAGCACCAGAGGGAGGGGUCAGGGUGCUGAGACCCCCGGGGGCCCAGGAGCGCCCCAUCCCUCCCAGCCCUGACACCACACGGCCACCCACGGACUUGGAGGUGCCCCGGCCGCUGGCCCCCGUGUCCUCGGUCGCUGUUCCACGGCCCAGCUGUCUGAGCGAAGGUGAAGGACCCACCCGGCCUCCGGGUGGGGUGAGGAGCUUAGCCAUCCCUGCCCGGCUGGCCUUCCGGGGGGCCGCCUGCGCCCCGGUGCACCGACACGUGCCACUUCGUGGGCGCUGCCCAGCUUCCCUCCUCCUGUCUGUCUCUGACCUCGCCCUCUAAGUGUUCAACAGCGGAAAGGUUUUUAUAAUUUUAAAUUAUUACUGCUUUGAAAUAAACGGACGUUUCGGCUCCUCAGCGGCCAUGCAUGAUGUGUGGAGAGACGGGGUAGGGCUGCUCGGUGCUCUGUCCGCACAGCCCAUUGGGGACUCGGGGCCUGGAGGAUAAGCUGUUCCAACGGACGUUUUCUAAAGGGAAAAAUGUGUAUCUCGAGAGAGAUUUAAAAUAUACCUACUUAAGAAAGAA